CGCAGUACUGUUUUCUUCAGCAGAUGAUAGAAACAGUUUUCAUGCCUGCUUAAAUCCACGACAUCCAUUAUCUUUCCAAAAUCGUUCGUCUAUCUCAAGAGCCUUUUAGAAGCACAAUCUUUCCAUUUCUACGUCUUCAGACGGAGCUGGCACGGGCACUGAAAAAUUGGCUUUGGGAAGGCUACUCGUAGCCACGCAACGCCUGCCCUCUUCACAGACGCUGUGGGGGUGCUCUGAAAUUGGAGAAUCCUAACCAUGUAGAGUUCCCUUUUACAAUUUUGCGUUUGGAUGAUGUAUAGUUGGACUAUUGGUGAGUUUGUGGUGCUCAGAGAUUUGGAAAACGGUGUUCCUGAGGUUGUCCAUGCGCCUAUAUUUCUGUCAUUGUCAACAUGCCCCCAGCAUCGGCUGCAACGGGCAGUGAGAGCAGUACCACAACCGUUCCCGAAGAAGACACGGAAAGCCCCCGCGAGGAGCAGCGGCCCCUGAAACAGUCUCUGAGUAAGUCCCUGUGUCAUGAGAGCCACUGGAAAUGCCUGCUCCUGUCCCUGCUCAUGUAUAGCUGCGUGGGGGCCAUGGCCUGGUGCCAUGUGACCAAAGUGACGCGCCUCUCCUUCGACAGUGCCUACAAAGGGAAGUCCAUGAUGUACCACGAGAGUCCCUGCUCCAACGGUUACGUCUACAUCCCCCUGGCCUUCCUGGUCAUGCUGUACGUUGUGUACCUGGUGGAGUGCUGGCACUGCUACUCCAGGAACGAGAUGCAGUACAAGGUAGACGUGGACAGCGUGGCCGAGCGCAUCCAGCGCAUGCAGCAGGCUACGCCCUGCAUCUGGUGGAAGGCCAUCAGCUAUCACUACGUCAGGAGGGCCCGCCAGGUGACGCGCUAUCGUAAUGGUGACGCCUACACCACCACGCAGGUGUACCACGAGCGCGUCAACACCCACGUGGCAGAGGCCGAGUUUGACUAUGGCAGCUGCGGGGUGAAGGACAUCUCCAAGCACCUUUUGGGCCUGGAGGGCUUCCCCGUCACCAGGCUGAAGUUCACCAAGUGCUUUAGCUUCGCCAAUGUGGAAUCGGAAAACUCCUACCUGACGCAGCGAGCCAGGUUCUUCACAGAGAACGAGGGUCUGGAUAACUACAUGGAGGCUCGAGAGGGGAUGCACCUGAAGAAUGUAGACUUUAAGGAAUACAUGAUUGCCUUCUCUGACCCGGACCACCUCCCCUGGUACGUGUCGAGCUGUGUCUUCUGGGUGGCCGCUGCCUUCACCUUCUCCUGGCUUCUGCGGGUGUUCACAGAGUACCGUACUGCUUGUGUGCACUACCACGUGGAGAAGCUGUUUGGCUUCGAUUACGUCCCCGUCACGCCCUCAGAAGAACGGCCCUUCUGCCGCCAUAUCCCCCGGGUCAACACUAUUGACAGCACAGAGCUGGAGUGGCACAUCCGCUCCAACCAGCAGCUAGUGCCCAGUUACUCUGAGGCGGUCCUUAUGGACCUGGCCCAGAUCUCGGGGAACUCCAACACCUUCUCAGUGUGCGGCGGUUAUGGAAGCUACCGUCAGAACUGCGAACGCUGCCAUCGCACCAUCAGCAGCUCCUCCAUCUUCUCCCGCAGCGCUCUCAGCAUCUGCAAUGGCGGCAGCCCCCGGAUCCCCUUCAGUGCCAGCCGCUUCUCGCUAGGCCGCCUGUAUGGCUCAACGCGGAGCUUCUUCUGGCAGAGCAGCGGGAGCCUUAAUGAGCCGUCAUGCCCCACGGAGAGCACACACUGCCUGUCAGAGCAGCAGGCCAGCCAGGAGAACCCCCCAGGCUACCAGGAGGCCCUCUACUUCCCUGUGCUCAUCGUGCACCGCAACGAGGGCUGCCUCAACCACGACCACCGUGCCCUGCACAGGAAUGGCUCCUGUGGGGAGACCUCCCUAUGACCCAGAGCUCCCAGGCCUGACCAGUCUGGAUGGAAUGUAGGUUUAUCCUGGAGAGCACUGAUUGGAUAAGAAACCUUAUGUUCUACUCCUGGGUCAAAUAUGGAUCAACUUUUUUCUUUAAACGACUAAAGAGAUAAACAUACUGGAUUAAUGCAGUUUUUGGAUGCUUAUUGUUUCCCUUGAGCCAGUCUGAAAUAAACACAAUUAACUUUAGGGGUCUAUUACACAAUAUGUGUUGUUUAGUCCACCUAAUUUCAUAAGUACAUUCAGUCAGGGAAAGACUUGGUGUUCUAAAUAUCUUGUUUCAAAUAUGAUCUGUGGCUGAGGGAACAUACAGUAUGUUACUCAAUGCAUUGACAUUCUGGACCAGUCACAAUGCACUGUUGAUAUCAGUUUUACUUUAGGUAACCAAAGCAGGGCCGUAAUCAUAAUAUAUAUUAUGAUUACACAUCCCCCUCAAUAUUCAAAUCUGGUCAAAAUGUCCCCCCCAAUAUAUUGAUAUAAAAAUAUACAAAAUAUAUAAAUGUGCUACGCUACGACAGGCAACCAUGCACGCUGUCUGAAAUUAUCAUAAAAAAUGUAAUCAUAUUCAUAACUAAACGUAAAAAGAUCUCAGGGGGGGACCCUCAGACUCCCCAGAAGAUUUCGUCCCCCACAAUGUUGACUCCAUGGCUACGGCCUUGAACCAAAGUGUAAUGUUAGUAUACUGGCAUGCAUUAAAAUAGAAUAAUUGAAAAAACAAGGUACAUAGAAAUUAUCGCAGGAAACCUUGAUAAAUAUGUUUUUUGAUAAAAGAUUGUUCCUGUACACAGUGACUAAAUAAGACCACUGCUUGGUAGACUAUAGAUUUAGGGACAUUUUCCAGAUCUAAAAUAUACAAACAAUAGAUCAUCUAAAAAAGUAUUAUCUUUCAAAUGAUAACUGCCUAUUCUAAAAUGUGCUGCCGAAAAGUCAAUAAUGAGUUUCCCCCUGGUUCAUGGCUCUACAUAAAAGUAUUUGAGCACAAACAAAAUAAUUUCAAUCCCAUUUUAUGUUAUUGGAGCUUUAGGCCAACAGCUUCAAAGACCUCAAUUACUGGAAAUAAUGUUCUUAGUCGGAUCAUAAUAUGAGACAGUGGAAACAUUCAGCUAAUCCAAAACAAGAAUACACUAUUACAGGAUGCAAUAACAUUCCGACUUCCUGACCUCUAAAUAUAGCAACAUAGAACAAUGAAUAAUUUAGCACAGGAGAGCUAAAGGACACCCAUUAGAUCAGUCUUUAAUAAAAUUUUCCUUACUGUCACAAUAAUUAUGUUGCUGUUUUCCUAAUGAUACUCACUGUCAUAAAAUAAACAAAUGGAUAAACAUUAUACAUCUUAUCAGCUCACCAGGGUAAAAAUAUAAAGAACCUCCACAUUCAUGUUAACGCACAGUACAUAAUUCACAGUAAUGGUUCACAACAAUAUUUGCCCUUUAUCUACCUCUUUAUUUACUGAUUUAAGUGCCUGUAGUUCCAUCUUUAAAGCUUCAGUUUGGGUUAUGAACCUCACAUCGACACUGCUCAUUUCAUCCAAUCAGACAUUCAAAUUGGUUUAACAUUCGCUGCAGCUUUCCAUGAUAAAGGAGCAAUAUUAAGUAACAUCAUGUGGCUUUAUUUAUAGAUUUUAAUGGAUUCUGAUGGGCUAGCGUUAGGCAUCUUACUAAGGCACUCGUAAUAAUCAUACCCAGAACAUGUGCUUUUAUAUUAUUGUCCUAAAACAGCUAAGAACCUAGAGCAUGUGCUGCUGCCACUAUGCCUACUGCUGAUCAGAGAGACAACCAGACCACAUGCAAAAAGAGGCCUGCAAUCAACCAACUGAUAAUGUGAGGUCUAAUAAUAAAUCGGA